GGCUGCCAGUAAUGGUCUACUGGGUGUCAGCUUUUAUUGGCACGGCACAAAGCAAGUGCCAAGACGCCCCGCCACACACCGGGCCCGUGCAUAAAAGCAAGCAAAAUGCCUCCGUCGAGGACACUGUAGUCAUGUUGGGCUGGAACGAGGAAGUGCAGUGGAGAGGGGAGGGACUCAGGGCGCAGCUCCAUGGGGCCGUCGCGCUGCGACCUUCUGCACAUGGAGCUGGGGACAGUUGGAAGAACUUCAUACUGCAAACUCAAGGAAUAGCAGAGUACUUGCACCGCAUGGAGACAGAGGAGGCCCAGGAAAUGGCCCCUAUGCCAGGCCGAGACAGCCCGCCCAACAACGAUGCGGCCGAGGAGGCAGAGGAGCCUAUGGCUGUCCCAGAGGACCUGUCAGCAGGCUCCGCCCAUCCGCAGCACAACAGAGGGGACAAAGCCUGUAACAUUAAAGUUGAGGCUCGCAGUGAUGAGGAGAAUGGGCUGUCCUGUGACAUGAAUGGCGUGGAGGAGGAGGAGUGCGCGGAAGACUUGCGCGUGAUCGAUGCCUCGGGGGCCAAGGUGAACGGUUCACAGCUGAGCCCCGAAGCCAAGGUCUUCUCCUCGGCUGGCGGCAUCCGGCUAUCCAACGGGAAGCUCAAGUGCGAUAUCUGUGGGAUAGUUUGUAUUGGCCCCAAUGUGUUGAUGGUGCACAAGCGAAGCCAUACUGGAGAACGUCCCUUCCAGUGUAGCCAGUGCGGGGCUUCCUUCACCCAGAAAGGCAACCUGCUGCGUCACAUCAAGCUCCACUCCGGAGAGAAGCCUUUCAAGUGUCAUCUUUGCAGCUACGCCUGUCGCAGGAGGGACGCUCUGACCGGACAUUUGCGCACCCACUCGGUUGGAAAACCACACAAGUGUGCCUACUGUGGCCGGAGUUACAAGCAGCGUAGUUCUCUGGAGGAGCACAAGGAGCGCUGUCACAACUACCUCCAGUGCAUGGGGCUGCAAAACAGUAUCUACACAGUAGUAAAGGAAGAAAGCAGCCAGAAUGAACAGAGGGAAGACUUAAACCAGACGGCAUCUGACAGAGCCUCGGUGCUAGACAGGCUAGCUAAUAAUGUAGCUAAGCGUAAAAGCACUAUGCCACAGAAGUUUGUAGGUCAAAAGCGCCUGUCUGACCUUCCGUACGAGGGAGCGCCAGGCGAACUGAUUCAGCCCCACGUCAUCGACCAGGCCAUUAACAGUGCCAUUAGCUACCUGGGAGCAGAGUCACUCCGGCCCCUGGUGCAGCCCUCCCCAGCCCCGUCUUCCAACGUGGGCAUGGGCUCCAUCUAUCCUCUACACAAGCCAGUCCCCGAGGCCCAAACACAAACGGGCCACAACCUGUCAGCUAAAGACAGUGCAGCCGAGAACCUGCUUCUGCUCUCCAAGUCCAAGUCUACGUCCAGCGAGAAGGACGCAUCUCCGAGCCACAGCGGCCAGGACUCCACAGACACGGAGAGCAACAGCGGGGACCGAGCCGGCGGGGCAGCCCCCGGCCUCAUCUACCUAACCAAUCACAUCAACUCGGGGGUACGAAACGGCACGAUGCCCCUCGUGAAGGAGGAGCAGCAGCGACAAUACGAGGCCAUCAGAGCAAGCAUGGAGAUGGCUUCGGAGGGCUUCAAAGUGAUCACUGGAGACGGCGAGCAGGUGAGGGCGUACAAGUGCGAACAUUGUCGCGUCAUCUUUUUGGAUCACGUCAUGUACACCAUACACAUGGGCUGCCACGGCUUCAGAGACCCGUUUGAAUGCAAUCUCUGUGGCCAUCGCAGUCAAGACCGAUAUGAGUUCUCUUCUCACAUAACACGGGGAGAGCAUCGCUACUGACUCCUAAUGACCAAAAUACACACAUGCAGACAUAUAGUAUGACAUCAGCAACUAGAAGUGCAAGGUGUGUAAUACACCCAUGACGUGUGAAAGUGUGAUUUUAUACUGUGUGCAUGUCUGUUGAGUCGACAUCAAAAUACAUCUGGAUCGCAUUCCAAAUGUGAAACUCAUGUAAACGAAAAAUGAAAAAAGAAAUUGUAUUCAGUCAAGACAAAAUGUUCUGCCUAAACAGCAUCAUGUCUUACAGUAUAAUAAUGUUCUUAUGUUGCAUUAUAUGUAUGUAUUGGAACAUUUUUCCUGCAAGCAGCAACUUUAUUUAACUUUUUUUUUUUUACUUAUACAAUUCUGUGCAUUUAACAGGUGUGGUCACAUGGAGAUGUUUUAAGUGCAAGCUAAAUAUCUGUAUAAAAUGCAAUCAAUCAAACGUGUCAAUGUAAGAUAACUUUUCCACAAGUUCAUUUUCCAACCUGUGUACUCAUGACAACCCUCAUAUUAUUUAUAUGACAUUUACUUGCCUAUUUGUUUGUAUGUUUUUUUGUAUUUAUUACAGUGAUAUGUGUUUGUCAAUAGAAUAGCUGCCACCUCUCCUGUUCAACUGUAUUAAAUGUGUUGAUGGUAAAAACAUGACUGCUGUUGAAUGGCAAAAAAUGAAGAAAAUUUGUUCCUUUCCUGUAAUAUAAAAAUUUUGGCUCACAAGAUGUCAGCGGAAUUCAUGACCACAAAAUAUCAAUAAAGGGUAUUUUAU